CGUCCUCUAUGGCAGCUCAUCGGCGGUCUCGUCGGGCUGAUUGCUCUGAUCGCCAUCGGCGUCGGGGUAGGUGUUAGCGUCGCCAAGAGCCACAGCUCCAGCAGCAGCAGCAAGAAGAGCUCCGGCUCGUCGACCUCGGUGGUUAACCAGACCGACCCCAACGACCCCAGCACCUUCCAGCUCGACUCGAGGCUCAAGAAGUCGUUCUACGGCAUCGCGUACACGCCAGAGGGCUCGCAGCUGCCCGACUGCGGCAACUCGCUCGAGGACGUCAUUACGGAUAUCCAGCUUCUCUCGCAGCUCACUGAUCAAAUCCGCCUGUAUGGCGCCGACUGCAACCAGACGGCGUUGGUGCUCGAGGCGAUCAAGCAGACCAAGGUCAACAUGACCGUCUGGCUCGGGAACUACCCCGUCCCCACUGACCCCGCGCCGUACGAGAGGCAGCGCGACGCCAUCAUCGACGCGCUGAAGACGUACGGCACCGACCACGUCUCGGGCAUCACCGUCGGCAACGAGUUCAUCCUCAACUACCUCAACGCGAACGGCGCGACGGACCCGAACAGCGCGGUGGGCAACGCGGGCGCGCAGCUGCUCAUCGCGAACAUCAGCGACACGCGGAGCGCGGUGCAGGCGCUCGGGCUCAGCAAGACGCUCCCGAUCGGCACGGCGGACGCGGGGAGCUUCUUCAACAGCGAGGUGCUCGCCGCGGUCGACUACGGCAUGUCGAACAUCCACGCGUGGUUCGCGAACGUGUCGAUCGACCAGGCCGCGGGGUGGGUGGACGAGUUUUUCCAGGAGAACAACGUCGCGCUCGCGCAGACGCUCGCGAAUAACCCGAAGAUGUAUAUUGCGGAGACGGGGUGGCCGACGGCGUCGAAGGACGUGGGGAACGAGAGCAACGGGCCGUCGGUCGCGUCCGAGCCGAACUUGCAGCAGACGUUCCUCGAUACGUUCGUGUGCCAAGCGAACAACAACGGCACUGGGUACUUCUUUUUCGAGUACUUUGACGAGACGUGGAAGGACCAGGAGUUUGGCGGCGUCGAGGGCCACUGGGGCCUGUUCUACUCGAACCGCACCCUCAAGGACAUCACGAUCCCAUCCUGUUGA